AUGCUUGACCACGUCCAAUCGACAUCUCCCUUUUUUAUGGAAACAUUCGGUGGCGGCUACCAAGUACCAAGUAUGCCGUCUCCUUCGUGCCUCAAUACAUUGUUCGCCGGAAAGCGACUCUGCAGGUUCGUGAUGCUUGUCGGCCCUGCAGAAAUGUGGCACCCAACGAUUAUUUUGAGGGUGUGCUCCAAAUCCUCUCAACCUGGUCACCCGAAUGCUGGAUGUACUGCAUUCUAUAUCUACCUAUCACCAUUUGCUUCUCUCUCCGAAAUUAGCUAUUUUUUCAACGUGACCUCGUUCUUGACUUUCAUGGAGGGUUUUGCUGUCGCCUCAAGCGCCGCUGGACUUGUGAGUCUCGGUUUGACGAUGUGUCAGGAACUCUUGAAGUUCUAUGCAUCGUGGAAAGGAGCGGAAGACGAUGUAAAAAGAAUGUAUAGUUCUGUUGAAAUGUUGACCAAGAAUUUCAUAUGUCUUAGGAGUUCGAUUCAGCAAACUCGGUUCAGCCGGGAUGUCGUGGCAAGGGUGGAGGAGAGCAUUGCGAUGUGUGAGAGUGGUGUCGUGGCUUUGAAAAAGAAGCUUUCAAAGAUCAACGGUGUCUUGCUUGCCAACCGUGGAUGGAGUCAUAAGUUGAGGAGCCAAUUUCAGCGAGCGCUGUAUCCUUUCAAAGAGAGUACUAUCGUCAAGCUGAAAGAGAUCUGCAGCGACCUGCAAGGCAAUUUGACCCUCGCUCUGGAGACGCUACAGAUUGACGCAACCUCCGUAUCAUUGCAGACCUUGGGUGUACUUCAGAACGAUGUCUUUGAAAUGUCCCUAGAUAUCAAAAGCUUCGACAGCCAGCUCGCAAAGGCUUCAGCCUGGGUUGGCGAGCUACAUGUGUUUCAAAAAGGCAAGAUACAUCUUUAG